AUGAUUGAAUGCAUUAGUGAUGAGCCGACCACUGGUUUGGACUCAUUUAUGGCCAAAAGUAUAGUACAAGUGCUGAAGACUAUGGCAUCGGAGGGACGGACUGUCAUCUGUACUAUACAUCAGCCCUCGUCUCAAGUGUUUGAACUCUUCGACCGUUUGUUACUUAUGGCCGACGGAAGGGUAGCCUUCAUGGGGUCCAUCGGUGAAGCAAAAGAUUUCUUUUCAUCGCAAGGAUUAGUUUGUCCCAAAACCUACAAUCCAUCGGAUUAUUAUUUACGGGAAUUGGUUAACUCUGGCUAUAAUGUGGAUAAAAUGUCUGCAUUAAACACGGCAACACUGGGAUCGGGCUAUAGGGCUGUAGUAUUUGGGGUACUCUACUACGGACAGGGAUAUGACUACUCCAACGUCGAUAAUAUCAAUGGGGCUCUUAAUAUGAUAUUACUGGAAUAUUCACUUGCUCAAUCAACGGUCGCACUCACUGGGAAGAAGCUUUACUUUGUAGGGAACACCACAACCAGCUACGAUUUGUAG